AUGGAUAGUGUGUUUGGAGUUUGUUACAAUGGAGGAGUGAUCCUCGCCGCGGAUCAGUCGAAUGCUCGUUCCAUUUUGGUGUACCAAGAGAAUCUCGACAAGAUUGCGGAAUUGACGAGUCACUCCGCAAUGGGCGUCGCUGGACCCAACUGCGAUUUGGUCAAUUUCACAGAAUACGUCGCCAAGAACAUUCGGCUCUACGAGCUCUCCAAUGAUGGAACCAAGUUGUCGGUCCACGCCCAGGCCAACUUUGCCCGUGGAGAACUGGCCUAUGCCUUGCGACGGGGCCCCUACCAAGUCAACAUCUUGUUGGGUGGAUACGACACGAACGAGGCAGACAAGUCAAAGGAAGGUGCUAGCUUGUACCACUUGGAUUACAUGGGUACCUUGCACAAGGUUCCCUUUGGAGCUCAGGGAUACGCUUCCUACUUUACGCUUUCAAUCAUGGACCGUGAGUACAAGGAAAACUUGAAUGAGGCCGAAGCCAUUACGAUUGUGGAGCAUUGCAUUGCCGAAAUACAAACUCGUUUCAUGUUGAAACAACCCAACUACAUCAUCAAGGCGGUGGACAAGGAUGGAGUUCGAGUGAUCAAAUAUGGAAGUGAUCCCUCCGAUAAUUAG